AAGAUGGACCAUUUAAUAAGGAGCAGGUCGCGCAGGAGAAUACCGCUAUUUGUUUUCAUCCUUCUUCACGUAACGACGACACAAGCUGCUGAUCCCAUUGAUGUUCUGCAAGUGCUGGAGCUGUCAGAGAACAUGGAGGGGGUGUCCUUGGAGGCCGGUCUCUGCACCAGCAGGACGGGCUUCGAGGAGCCGGACUUGGCCUACAAGAUAGACAAAAGGAUUCGGCUCAGUGCUCCAACCCAACUGCUUUUCCCUGAUUCAACUAUAUUUCCUGAGAAUUUCUCCGUGAUGGCGACAGUGCGAGCUAAAAAAGGCUCCCAGUUCUUCCUACUUUCAGUGUACGAUGACCAGGGGGUGCAGCAGCUGGGGCUCGAAGUGGGCCGUUCCCCCGUCUUCCUAUAUGAGGACCAACAUAGACAGCCAACACCAGAAAUGUAUCCCAUCUUCAAAAAGAUCAACCUGGCUGAUGGAAAUUGGCACAGGAUAGCCUACAGUGUGCAGGACAAGUCCGUGACCCUCUACCUGGACUGUCAGUGGAAACAGACCCUGGAUCUGCUGCGAGGGGACAACGCUGUAGUCAGCACAAAGGGUGUCACGGUGUUUGGGACACGGCUGCUGGACGAAGACGCAUUUGAGGGAGAUAUUCAGCAACUACUGAUUCUGGAGGACCCGCUGGCUGCUGCUGACUACUGUGUAAACUACAUACCAGACUGUGGCUCUGCUUUGCCCUACAACAGCAAAUCCGCGGCCCUGCAGGAGAACUCCCAACUCAGGUCUGAUUUCCUGAUGCAAGGGGACCAUCCGGAUGAACCAAAGGAGCACUCUAAAAAGGACGGCAAAGGCAAAAAGAAGAGGGACAAGGGCUCUAAAGGCAAAGGCAAAGGCAAACGCAAAGGCAAAGGCAAAGGCAAAGGCAAGGGCAAGGGCAAGGGCAAGAAGGGAUCCAGAAAGAAAAAACAUCAAGAGGAAGGUCUCGAGGAUGGCUUCCUCAGAGUGUCCACAAAAGUGCCUGAGUAUCUGUCCCAAGAACCUUUUCAGCCCACAGAUUUGCCAGAAAUUAAGAGCACCCCAGAAACUGUCAUACCCACUAAAGUGCUCGACAAGACCCUCGUGGAGAUGGCCACACACGAACCUGACUCAGCUGAGGCCCCCACUGUGGUGCCCAGCGCUUUGCCUGAAUCAAAGGUUACCGAGGAGGAGGACAAGCCAGUUAUAGAGGAGCAUGGAGAUGACCUUUAUGAGGACCUCUAUGAUGAUCCCUCAGUUUCCACGGUAACAGGAGUCCCGAAUGUUACUGAUUAUGAGAUUCUCGAAUAUGAAGAUUACAAGAAUGACACAGAGCCAGAGUAUGAAGAGUACGAGGCAUAUGCAGACGGCUUUGGAUUUGCAGAGAGGGAAAGAGCAGAGACGUGGGAUGGAGAGGUUAGCCGCAGAGCAGAGAAGGGCCACAAGGGAGAGCCUGCUAUUAUUGAGCCGGGUACAUUAGUGGAAGGACCCCCAGGUCUACCAGGGCCACAGGGCCUCACUGGCACAGCUGGACCAACAGGCCCUCCAGGACCCAGGGGAGAUCCUGGUGAAUUGGGUCCCCAAGGACGUACUGGUCUUGCUGGGGUUGAUGGGAUUCCAGGUCCUCCAGGAACCCUGUUGAUGCUACCAUUCCAGUAUGGAGGUGAUUCCCAGAAGGGACCAGUGGUGUCUCCCCAGCAGGCACAAGCACAGGCUAUACUGCAACAGACCAAGCUGUCAUUGAAGGGACCCCCGGGUCCACUGGGCCUAACAGGGCGACCAGGCCCACUGGGAGUACCAGGUUCCACUGGGUUUAAAGGGGACAGCGGAGAAAGUGGCCAUCCCGGACCACAUGGCUUGCAAGGCACCCCAGGAAUUAAUGGAAAGCCAGGAAAGAGGGGCCGUGCGGGAAUUAACGGAGGCCGUGGAGCUCCAGGAGAAACAGGAUCUAAGGGUGACAGGGGUUUUGACGGCCUGCCGGGUCUCCCAGGAGACAAGGGACACAGAGGGGACAGAGGGAAGCUGGGUCCUCACGGGUCUGUUGGAGAGCCAGGAGAAAAGGGAUCUGAUGGACCUUUGGGACCAAGAGGGCAACCAGGCGAACCCGGUUCUCGGGGUCUUGUCGGGCCAAGGGGGCCACCUGGCCCACCUGGUCAGCCGGGUAUUCGUGGAACUGAUGGACUACAAGGGUCAAAGGGCAACCUGGGUCCCUCUGGAGAGACAGGGCCCCCAGGGCAACAAGGAAAUCCAGGAGCCGAGGGCUUGCACGGUCCUCAGGGUCCCAUUGGAUUGCCAGGAGAGAAGGGUCCCCAGGGGAAACAAGGCAUGCAGGGCCUACCAGGCAUUGAUGGCCCAACCGGUCAUCCAGGAAGAGAGGGCCCCGCGGGAGAGAAAGGCAUCCAAGGUUUACCAGGUGCUCAGGGCCCCUUUGGGUACCCAGGGACCCGUGGAGUCAAGGGAGGAGAUGGAGUUCGAGGUCUAAAGGGAAGCACAGGAGAGAAGGGGGAAGAUGGCUUCCCUGGGUUCAAAGGCGAUAUGGGCAUCAAGGGAGACAGGGGUGAUAACGGAGCUUCUGGUGCUCAUGGAGAGGAUGGACCAGAGGGGCCAAAGGGCCAAAUUGGACCCAUGGGAGAUUCAGGAACUAUUGGGAUAGCUGGCGAGAAGGGUAAACUUGGAGUGCCUGGAUUGCCAGGAUACCCUGGAAGACAAGGUCCUAAGGGUUCACUUGGCUUCCCUGGAGGGGCCGGGGGCUCAGGAGAGAAAGGACGAAGGGGUCCAGCAGGUCAGUCAGGGCCCGGGGGCCAACGAGGUCCUAAUGGAGCCCGGGGAGGAAGAGGAGCAAAUGGGCCCACUGGAAAGCCUGGAGAAAAGGGUUCUGCUGGACAAGACGGUUCUCAAGGUUCCCCCGGAGAACAGGGCCCCCAAGGACCUCAGGGUAGAAACGGUGAACCAGGACCUAAAGGGCCCAAUGGUCCAGUCGGAAAAGAUGGAUUACCAGGUCAUCCAGGCCAGAGAGGGGGACCAGGCUUCCAAGGCCAAAAUGGACCCCCCGGCCCCUUAGGUGUUGUAGGACCACAGGGCAAAUCUGGUGAGACAGGACCAACUGGAGACAGAGGCCAUCCAGGAUCACCAGGACCACCGGGCGAGCAUGGUUUACCGGGAUCUGCCGGAAAGGAGGGUGCCAAGGGAGAUCCGGGUCCAUCAGGAGCCUCAGGGAAAAGUGGCCCUGCUGGGCUGCAAGGCUUCAGAGGGAGCAGAGGGAGCCCUGGUGCAAUGGGUCCUGCAGGUCUGAAGGGAGGAGAGGGUCUACCUGGUGUCGCAGGACUUAUUGGGGCCACUGGAGAGAGGGGCCCUGCUGGGCCGGCAGGCGCUAUAGGCCAGCCAGGACGGCCCGGCGGCGUGGGUCCUGCUGGGCCGAUGGGAGAGAAAGGCGAGCCAGGAGAGAAGGGGCCUGUCGGGCCGGCUGGGCAUGACGGGGAACUGGGACCUGCAGGGCUGCCAGGGGCUGCGGGAUCUCUCGGGCCUCCAGGAGAGGACGGAGACAAGGGAGAGAUAGGAGGACCCGGCCAGAAGGGCAGUAAAGGAGACAAAGGAGAAUCUGGACCCCUAGGACCUGUUGGAGGUCAAGGACCAUUGGGUCAACCAGGACUGCCAGGUGCAGAUGGUGAGCCAGGUCCUCGAGGGCAGCAGGGCAUGAACGGGGCGAAAGGAGAUGAAGGACAGCGAGGCUUUAAGGGAGCAUCUGGUCCUUCUGGACUACAGGGAAUGCCGGGACCACCAGGGGAGAAGGGAGAGAGCGGGCAUGUUGGCUCAAUGGGGCCUCCAGGACAGCAUGGCCCACGAGGCCCUCAGGGGUCCAUUGGUGGAGAGGGCCCACCUGGAAUGCCUGGUGGAGUUGGUCAGCAUGGGACUGUUGGAGAGAAGGGUGAGGAUGGAGAAGCUGGAAACCCUGGGUCAGUUGGAGAGCCCGGCACUGCUGGUGCUCUAGGCGAUGUGGGGGAGAAGGGUGACUCUGGCCCUCACGGUGCAGCCGGGCCUCCAGGACCCAGAGGAACACCAGGGGAGGAUGGACCCAAAGGCAACUUUGGCCCUAUUGGGUUCCCCGGAGAUUUAGGACCCCCUGGAGAACCUGGCAACAAUGGAGUAGAUGGUGGGCCGGGGCCUAAAGGAGACAAUGGAGAAUCUGGCAAAGCAGGACCUUCAGGAGCCUCUGGAGAACCAGGUCCAUCAGGUCCUCCUGGACGGAGGGGUCAUAUAGGUGCUGCAGGAAAAGAAGGGAAGCAAGGCAUGAAGGGAGCCAAGGGGACAAUAGGGACCCAGGGUCCAGCGGGGAAGACAGGCCCAGUGGGAUCCCAAGGGCAGCCGGGGAGGUCUGGCCCGGAAGGUCUUCGAGGCAUCCCAGGCUCAGCGGGUGAGCAAGGGUUGAAUGGGCCACUCGGACAAACUGGACCACCGGGACCAAUAGGGCCAUCAGGACUUCCAGGAUUAAAAGGAGACCCUGGAUACAAGGGAGACAAAGGUCAUGGUGGGUUGAUCGGUCUAAUCGGCCCCCCGGGAGAAUCUGGUGAGAAGGGAGACAGAGGCCUACCUGGGAUUCAGGGGACACACGGGCCAAAAGGAGAUGAGGGUACGCACGGCACACCUGGUCCCACUGGCCCACUGGGACCACCUGGACUGUCAGGUUCAGCUGGCGAGAAGGGAUCGAAAGGAGAACUAGGUAUUGUCGGUCCCAGAGGAGAUCGAGGUCCUGCUGGACCCCCAGGUCCCCCAGGACCCCCUGCAACAAUGAUUGAGCCUCUGCCUAUUAGAGAGGGCAGGCGGAAGAGACGUAGGCACUCCUAUGGGGCAGGAGGAGCCGCCCCAUUCAGGGAGGAGGAGGAGGACGUGGAUCUGGAGGAGUUCCUCCAGGGAGAUCAGCCUCUGGAGGACCCCAAGGGGAUGGAAGAAGUCUUUGCCACCCUAUCUUCCAUGAAAACAGAAGUAGAUGUGAUGAGGAGGCCUUUGGGUUCCUUUGAGAGCCCUGCCCGGACAUGCAAAGAGCUCAUGAUGGUCCAACCGGACUACAAAGACGGAGACUACUGGAUUGAUCCCAACCAGGGCUGCAACCGAGACUCCAUCAAGGUCUACUGUAACUUCACAGCUGAUGGAGAGACAUGUCUCUACCCUGACAAGAGGAUUGAGAAUGUGAAAUUAGCAGCGUGGAACAAAGAGAAGCCAGGAAGCUGGUACAGCCAAUACAGGAAAGGCAAGCAGUUCUCAUACAGUGACAGGGAUGGGAACCCUGUGCAUGUAGUUCAGCUGACCUUCCUGAAACUACUGAGUGCCACGGCCAAGCAGAGCUUCACCUACACCUGCCAGAACUCGGCGGGCUGGUUUGACAGCACCUCUCGUUCCUAUCAGCGUGCCCUCCGCUUUCGGGGCAGCAAUGACGAGGAGCUGACACAAGCCAAAAGCCCCUUCAUCAAUGCAGUGCACGAUGGAUGCCAGUUCCGCAAAGGUCAGGAAAGGACUGAACUAGAGAUUGACUCUCCCUCGGCAGAGCUGCUCCCUAUUAUAGAUAUGGCUCCGGCAGACUUUGGCAACAGCAAACAGAAGUUUGGAUUCCAAGUUGGACGAGUAUGCUUCAACGGUUAACAUCGUUGCCAACAACACACACAAAAAAAAGAGAGACCUGCACAAAGAAACUGGACUUUUUUGCCGCUUCCCCCGAGCAAUAUUUAUUAUAUCAUGUUCCUGUAUGUGGUGGGUUUGCGGUAUAAAAUGUAAGACUAUUCAACAGCCAAUGCGAUUGGGUUCUAUGGCUUUACAACAAUAAGAAGAAUGAUGAGAAAGAGGACGUGUACCAGUGGGAACAAAGCACAUUUACCAAAGGGAAAUAUUCCAAUUAAAUAUAUUUAAUUGUCUUUUUUUUUCCCUUCUUUUUUUUUCUCACUGUUUGAGAAGACUGCACCACUUGACAAUGACCACUUAUAAACAAGACAAGAGAGAGGAGCCGUCUGUCCUUCUGCGGCAUGGGUUCGGUUAAAUGGGACUUUUCAGACCUUGAAUGAUCGAGUUGCUCCCUAAUGUUUAACAAAGACUGCGGCGGAAUAAAUCUGAAAAGUUGUCAUACUCAUUUGCAUGCUCAGUUUUCACUAUAAUAACAAUUGCAUAGCAGUUGUGAACUAGCCUAGCAUAUUAAUUCCACACAAGCACCAUAAUUAAUUUCCUGUGUGCAGGAAUGAUAUAUUGUCCUUUUUACCCUUCAACUGCAGUUUGCUCAGUGAAUUACAUUGAUUAGUAUUCAAUAGGCGUAGCUAGUUAUUGAACCCGACACUUACUUGAACGGAUAAGGUUGUUUCCUUUAUUGGACUGCUUCCCUCUAUGGGCUUGAUAAUAAGCUUUUUGAGCCCUCCAUCUUUUCAAGGACUACAGCACUGUUCAUGUCAGACGAACACCCUUUUUACUGUGGUUUAUAAUUGCUGUUACAUACCUCAGCAACUAGAUUGGGGAUAUUUCAGGGCAAGAAUUAAGAGCAUGUUGAUUAAAAUAUAGUCUUCACUGCAUUAGUUUUUUUUUAUACCAAGAGACACAUCUUUUGAAAGCAUUGCUGACAUUUUAUUUUUUUCUCACCAACUCAGAGGUUUCCAGUUUCUCCAUUCUUGUUCAUAUUGUUGAAAUUUUUGCCAGAAUGUGAUGCUGUUCAUUUGAUAUGAUUUGCUCUUUGGUGGUGCUAAAGAUGAUUAUGUUAUUUUUGUUGUCCAGUGUGUUUGUGCGUCUCUGUGGGCAGGAUUAUAGGACUAGAGAGGGAGAGGGUUAUUGCUCUUUCAGCAGUACGAAACCCCCUCAGAGGCCUGGGGACUAGUCUACUGAGUUUUUUUUUUUUGUUUGCACAUCUUCUGGCUGAUGAUGCCAAUUUCACAGGGCCAGUGAAAAGAAGUUAGGGACAGUUCACAGCGGGGUUGAGCGCUUUAAAGGGAAAAAAUCCAUCUUAAAACGAAUACAGACAACUGUCGACCUGAACUAGAAAUGACAGCAUCGGAGGUGAUGAUGUCCACCAUGUGACAUUUUGAGAAUUAUAUCCGUCGCAAAUCAGUCGGGUUACCUCUGAAAUUAGUAGAGCUGUGAGUCAGAAAUUGUCCUCACGUUCCAGAAGAAUUACCACAGGUGCCAUUAUAGUGCCAUGCUAUUCCAUUAUUCACAGUCUGUGCAGCAGCUCCAGGAUUUGUGUUUAGUUGGCAUUAUUACUACAGUCUUGUCUCUGUAUGUCGGCUUAAACAGAGACUUCUGCAAAUUAUCAAAUGGGAGCCGUGAAAUAUUACAGACAGGACAUGUGAAUUCUAUUUUACGGCAAAUUUUUCCCUUUGGCAAAUGCAAUCGCAAUGCUCCGUCUACCUCCUCCUCCGUACUCAAACAGGCGACUGUGUGGCCAAAGUGUGUAAUUUAGAAAUUCACUCCCGCUGUUCUUUGUGUUUCAUGGCGUUUAAACAUUCUCGUAAUGAACUCCUCUCCUCCUCUUGCACUGCCCAUCCUAUAUGUAUAGUGUUUGGUGUACUCAUUUUAUAUACUGUACAGUUAUCCUGAGGCCUGAAUGAAAAACAAAUGUAUUUGUCGAAAAAAUUAAUGUGCG